CACACCAUUACACUGCUUAUUUUCCCAGCAGCAGCACAGGCAUGCCGUCUACUAACUGCUGAAGCUCUAAAUCAAAAGAAUAAACCACUAUUCGGCUAGUUUAACGACACAUUAAGUGCUAGUGAAGUUCACCUGAAGUCACCGGGAGGAAAAUGUCCCGCGGUUCUAACGCAGGUUUCGACCGACACAUCACUAUCUUCUCACCGGAGGGCCGCCUCUACCAAGUCGAGUAUGCCUUCAAAGCCAUCUCUCAGAAUGGGUUAACAUCUGUGGGGGUCCGGGGAACAGACAGCGUUGUCGUGGUGACACAAAAGAAAGUACCGGACAAGCUGCUGGUCUCCUCCACUGUAACUAACAUGUUCAAACUAACUCCUCGCAUCGGCUGUGUGAUGACCGGACACAAUGCGGACAGUCGUUCUCAGGUUCACCGGGCCCGAGUGGAAGCUGGAGAGUGGAAAUAUAAGUUCGGUUAUGACAUCACAGCAGACGCGUUGUGUCGCAGGUUGGCUGACAUCUCCCAGGUCUACACGCAAAAUGCUGAAAUGAGGCCUCUAGGCUGCUGUAUGAUCCUGGCCGCGAUAGACUCCCAGCAGGGUCCUGUUCUGUAUAAAUGUGACCCUGCAGGUUACUACUGCGGCUUCAGAGCCACAGCAGUUGGAGCCAAACAGACGGAGGCCAACAGCUACUUGGAGAAGAAACUGAAGAAAAAGCCCGAACUGACCCAUGACAGGGCAGUGCAGCUGGCUAUAUCCUGUCUGUCCUCUGUGUUGUCCUUGGACUUCAAGUCCAGUGAGCUGGAGGUCGGCAUAGUCACUAAAGAAAACCCUAAGUUCAGGACACUGUCAGAGGCUGAGAUUGAAGCCCACCUGACUGCCAUCGCAGAGCGGGAGUAGAGGUGCCCUCACAAAAAUCAGCCGGUGAUUCAUCGUAGUAUUUCAUUUUCAGUGUGUCUGAUUUAUCUCAGUUUAGCAACACUGUUACCAACAGGACAACAGUACACUCUUUCACCCACAAGUGCAGUUUGAUUAGUCAUGCAGACAAGAAAGUCUGUUAUAAAUCAUUUGUAUCGAUUCAAUUCAUAGUGAUUUCAAAGACAUUUCUAGUGGACUUUAUGAAAAUUCAUAAUGUAAUAGUCAUUCAGUUUUUGUGUUCUAAUCUUGCACCUCCAACCAUCAUUAGUGGACACACAAACAGUUGUUUAAGCAACACAUUCCUCCUCCAUGCUUACACACAGCAAAUUUCCAUGUGUGACUAGCAAAACAUGUCAGAUGCUGGUUAGGAUGUGUACAGAAUAUUUCUCAUACAUCUUAUUUAAUACUGUAUGUUUAUAACACCACCUUCCUAAAGUUGCAAUUACACUGUCAAUAGGACUCACUGUUAACCCAUUAAAACAUCUGUCAUAAUAAACCAGAGUAGAAAGAAGAAGAAAACAUUUCCUGUGUCACCUUUACUUAAAUAGCAAAAGAGGUUUCUUCACUUUUGUUUCUAGAAUGCAGUAGAUUUUAAUAGUUUAUAAAAUAUCCCUUUCAUAUACAAUUCCGCCUGUUGGUCAGCAGGUGGCAUCAGUGAGGCGACAGCGUUAUCAGGUCAACCUGCUCUCUGCACCAGGUCAGUUCAGUGUUUUAGAGGGCAAAAAAGAAACUGAACCACAACUUAUUCACCCAUCCUCAUCAUAACAUUGUAACUUUGUAUACAUGACCAUUUAGUUAUUAGUGUUCAUACAGAGAUGAAUGAAAACUAUUUCAAAGCAAGAGUGAUGAAAGCAUUGCAAAUACCCAUUUUGGGCAAUUUAGCAGCAGCAAUGAUAAUUUUAAUCUUUAAAAACUAAUAACAAUUCAUCGUACUGUGUAUCAUGUCCGCUUGUGUGCACUUACUGUAGGAUGUCCUGAGCUACUUCAUGUUACCACCAGAUGGCAAUGUCUGCUUCCAGGUAUUUUAUAACAGAAUCCUAUUAUUUCUGUUUGUACUUUUCUAUUUAAGGAAGUCUAUUUCGGCUCUUGUAAACAAUUAGUCUUUGGACGUUGCGUAUGCGUGAGUUACACAGCCAAUUGUGUCAUCGCAUCUUGUUAUGCGUGCGUGUGUGUCCAGCACUCUGGAGCUUCCAUCACAGCGACCCACCGAUCUAAAGAUACGGAUCGCUGUCCUAUUCAAUUACCAAAUGUCAACGGGCAGUCUGGAAGCAUAAGCAUUUCUGCGUGCAGCCGUGCACACACAUAUUAACUCUCAAACACGAGCACAUAAACAGACAGAGAAGAGCAGCGUGAAUAAAAUUUGACUUUAUUCAAACUGGUGCUUAACAAAAAUACAGAGACAUGUUGUUAAUUUACAGAGAAUAUAUGUCAAUACUUUUACAUAGUUGACACUUAAAAAUACACUUUAUAACAGGUUAAACAAUAUUACUUUAUUAUUCUAUAAAUGUUUUACUUACUUGAGAAUUCAAUCCUUAAGAUUAACUUAAACAAUAACUGUACACUUCCUGUGCACUGUGUGUAGGAGCCACAUGAUAGGUUUUAGGUUCCAAACAGAUGAGACUUUUAAACGCUAAAACAGUCGUGUGAACUGACCAGUCACAAUCUUCACUUCUGGGACUGAGAAGAGGGAUAUUCAAAGAGAGGAUCUUCAUUUUGUUUACCGACAUAAUUAGGAUUAGGCUUGUGUAAGUGUGUCUCAGUGAAGGCAGCAAAAAGCUCUGCUAGUCUCCUUAAAACUACUAAAGCAAGAAGGUGCCAAGUCACGACGACAAGGCUUCUUAAUUCGUUUUAGUGUCUUUUCUCCACUUGCUUUGUGAGCAUUAGCAUUUUGUGUCUUCCUAGACAAAGAAAAGGUUGCGUAUAAACGUACAAAUCUUGUCACAUUAAAUCUCCUGGACUACUUUGCACACAUGCCAACAGCCGUCUUGGAAAAGCGUUGCCAUGUAGAUUAAACCCAAUAAGGGAAACAUAACAGUCAGUUCAGACACGUAUAUAUAGUCACAGUACUGGCAAAGGUUGGUAUUUUAAUUGAUGCGUUGUAACUGUCCUGUGUUUGACCGUUUGUCUUCAUGUCUGGUACUGCAUGGACAGGAACCUAGAAAAACACAAAGGAGAAAAUCUGUUAGGAUCAUUCAGUUAACCUGACUGCAGAAAAAUAGGAAAAUAGAUGCAAAAGCUAAAGUGAGAGGAGUCAGAGUUUACUGUUUUCAUGCAAGCAACAGCAAUCAGAACGUUUGGCCAUGUUACCAAGGGCCUUAAACUGGGAGUCAUGCAGUUCUACGUUCAUUACUGUUCAAAAGUUUGGGGUCACCCAGACAAUUUCAUGUUUUCCAUGAAAACUCACACUUUUAUUCAUGUGCUAACAUAAUUGCACAAGGGUUUUCUAAUCAUCAAUUAGCCUUUCAACACCAUUAGCUAACACAAUGUAGCAUUAGAACACAGGAGUGAUGGUUGCUGGAAAUGUUCCUCUGUACCACUAUGUAGAUAUUCCUUUAAAAAUCAGCUGUUUACAGCUAGAAUAGUCAUUUACCACAUUAAUAAUGUCUACACUGGAUUUCUGUUUCAUUUAAUGCUAUCUUCAUUGGAAAAAAAACUACUUUUCUUUCAAAAAUAAGGACAUUUGUAAGUGACCCCAAAUGUUUGAAUGGUAGUGUAUACCACCUAUACCACCCGUACUCAGUGACAGGAUCCAUGCUAUACAAGUAACUGGAGUACUGGAGCUGUUACAUGUUUCACCUGUUGUCUUAGGUGCUGGCUUGCCUUUUUGUCACAUAGGCCUUUUCACUGCAAAACAUCACUCCUCUGUUCAACUAGGACUGCAACUCAGGAUUUUUUGAUUGACAAUUAAUCUGCUGGGCAUUUUCUCAAUUAACCAGUUAGCUGUUUGUUUUAUACAAAGUCAGAAAAUGGUGAAAGAUGUAUUUCCUGAAACCCAAGAUGACAUCCACAAAUUUCUUGUUUUGUCCAAAAUCCAAAGAUGUUCAGUUUAGUGUCAUAGAAGAGGGGGGAACAGAAAAGGCAAAAUUAGAAUCACAGAAUUCUGCCCUUUUUGUGCAUUAAAAAUGUCUCUGAUUACCUGAUUAUCAAAAUUAGUUGGCAAUUAAUUUAAAAGUUGACAACUAAUUGAAUAAUCAUUGCACCUCUGUGCUAAAGUGUCUGACUGAGCCAGUAUGCACAACAGCAGAACUCUAUCUCUGACUCUGAAGCAGCUAAAUCUAAUUCAGUCGUCAUUGAUGUUAUUCUUUACAACAAAAUAUCUCCACUGAAAAGGGCCCAUUGAUACUCUUUGUAUCUUACAGAGGCGUUACCUCACAGAGAAAAGAAGGAAAGAUUUUGUUUUGUGCAUUUUUUAAAUGAACGACAUUAUUAAAUAGGACAAAAAAUUGAUGUGUUGAGGUAAAACCGAAAAGGACAGAAUUUGUUAAGUAAUUUUAAAUGUCCUAGUGCAUGACUGAAGGUGACCUUUAAAUUAUGAGAAUAAAGAAUCUGAGUAUUACCAAAGUACCUCUAUUAGACAGUGCUAACAGUAGUGUUCUACCAGAUGCAAUGAUAUUAUAUAAGAAAACUCUCAGUGGAGAGAGAAAUGAAAUGUGGGGAAAGAGAGCAGGAGAAUAACAUGCAGCAGCAGGAACUGAAUGGGGACUAUCUGUUAGAAAUAUGUACUCUAACCGUUUGCUCCAUUCCCUGGUAUUUUAAAGCCAUGUUACUUUAUCUUCUUUCUGAGAUUUAACGGUAUUGAACAUCUUUCUUAUAUUAGUACGAUUAGUAUUUUGUCCAUUUUGCCUUUAUGUUUAUGCUGUGUAACUUGUCCAAUAUAUUAGGGGCUUUCAGCGCGUAAGUGCUUUGACUUGGCUUUAAUAAAUUCUCCCUGAUUCUGAAAAAAAUGCAUUUUCACAGGCUUGUCUAGAGUUUUCUUUCCUUUGAAAACACUCUCUCCUGCCCACAGCUCUGUCCUCUGCAAACUCCCAAGUACCUUUGCACUCCCCCUCUCCUCCCUCACCGUACACUGUUCACUUCCAUCUCCCCCAUGACCUCUCCUCCUCUACCUCACCCCGACAUACGUCUCCUUUCCCAGCCCCUCCCCGACUCUCCACAGCCUCAGAUGCCUUAACCUUCCUAAUUCACAGACGUUCUGUUCCUCUGUCUGCUCUUGCCUCGCCUUUGUUACUACCUCCACCUGUGAGCCACUGCUUUGGCUGGAGUCCUCCACCUCUUCCCCCUCCACGCCACAUUCUCCUUCCUUUCCCCCACCUUCCACCCCACCACAUGAAAUGUUGACCCUGUGGCUGGUGUCUCCUGGUACUGGGACUGCUUGCCAAGCUGAAUGGGUAGCCAGACCGUGUGUGUGUGUGGGUGUGUGUGUGCGUGUUGGGUCACAGCGUGGGGAUUAGGUGUGUGUGAGUGAUUGAGGGUGACAGCGGCCCUAGCAUUAGGUGCCCUGUGGCAGAUUUCGUAGGCCUGUUUUAGACACACUAAGCUGGAUUUACCAGCAGCAGUGUGUCAGCAGUGAUGCAGCCUGCCUGGACCUCCUACAGAACACACACAUACAAGCGCACACACACACACACACGGGACCCCAACCGUCCACCUGUAACCUGUGGUUACGACUGUCCGAAGAACCAGUUUGUCUCAAUUCAUUUUUUUCUUUCCUUCUCUUAUUGGUUUCAGCAAAAAUGUCUUCAAAUCAUCAUUAAAUUCUAUUAGGUUAUUAUCAUUUUGUCACACUACUGCAAAUAUACUGAGACACAAUGCACUCUGUGAUGCAUGCAGGCCACUGUAGCAUGCACUAAGCAUUACCUACACCUUGAUCCCAAAACAAACAGUAGGGUCAGUCAUGCCAGCAUCUGUGACAGAGGAAAGUUUGCAUAAAAUAUUUUUUUUCAGUGGAACCCCUCCAGUCUGUGCAAAGUAACCUUACUUGGGUGAACUUUUACAUGCACAAAUGCGCUGCUGUUUCAUUGUAUCCCUUUCAAGAAAAAAGUCCAGAAUGGAGGAAUCAUUUUAGUUCAUAUUGUUGAAUGAAAUACUGAGAAUUGUGGUGUAAAGGCCCCUGUGGUGCAGUAUGCAGUCUGUUCCCUGAUAGAUGUUGUAACUCUUGUUAACAAGCAAAAGAGCUACAAGUGUUCUGGUGAUGAUUCUGCUUUUUCUCUCUGCCUCUUUCUGCAGACACUUCCCAGCUAGAAUUUUUUUUUUUUUUUUUUAUAAACAGUCUGAGAAAGUUCUGCAUUGUUGUCAAAGCGAAGUUUUUUCUUUCCAGAAUGUUCUUAUAAACGUCUGAGAAUGUUCUCUAAAGACAUUGUAAAAAGUUUUGGUGAUAACAUGGUGGUUAUACCUGAAUGUUCUUACAAUGCACCUGAAUGUUGCAUUGAGAAUGUGCUUCCAUUGGUAACAUAUAAUAUUGCGAUAAUGUUUUAUAGAGGAACAUUCAUAUGUCUGCUACCUUAAUAACAUCCCCAGAACAUCGAGAGAAUAUUGCGGGCAAAAUGUUCAUUCAUCACGCUAUCGGAAUGUUUUCUG